AUGAUUCCACGUGCACUACAAAAAUUAAUAUUCUGUGCAACUCAAGGCGAGAGUACCUCGGAGUUAAGCGAUCAGGAAAUUGCAGCAGUGAAAGAUGUGUGGGCAAGAGCUCGUAAUGGAGACGUUGGCACGAAAAUUCUUUAUGCACUUAUUGAAAAGAAACCUUCGUUUGCCGUAUAUUAUGGCUUUGAUUCUACGAAUAUGCAAGAAAUGAGGAAAAGCGAAACAUUCAUUGCCCAGGCUAAACGCAUUCAAGAUUUCCUCGACACAGUCGUUGCAUCAUUAGGUACAUGCCCCGAUAGCACAAUUCAUCAUAUGGCAAACAGAAUAGGACAAAUCCACUACUAUAAAGGAGUAAAUUUUGGAGCUGACAAUUGGUUAACAUUUAAGAAAGUUACGGUUGAGCAAGUUAUCGCCAUGCAAAAGAAGGCGUCCAUGUUUAGCCUCACGCCUUCGAAAGAUUUUGUUGUAACAGAGAUGACAUUGGAAUCGUCGCGAUCAGCUAUCGAACGUGGUUGUUUGUAUACCAUCGGAUGGAACAAGCUGAUGGCUAUCAUCAUUCGAGAAAUGAAACGAGGUUUCCUACAAGAAGCUCAACGAAACUGUCGCGACGAUUCUAGCACUGGAACGGAAGAUCAAUAA